AUGCAACUCAGAAAGAGUGUUUGCAGGCCUGCACGGUUUGACGAAGACUACGAUGUACAGGACACUCCUCGCCCCUCUACCAAGCCCGCAUUUAGCAAGAUGAUGGAAGCCCGUAUCAUUCCUUUCAACCCAGAUCAUCCUCCGGCAGCAUUUCCAUCCCUCCCUAUCAAUGGAUCAGUCACUCUUCCCGUGCCUGGCACCUGCAAAGAGAUGCCAUCAUGGUCCACCAUAAGAUCUACAAUGACUGCCUCAAUCCCGUCAACAAGAUACGCUGUGGAAGUUGUUCAACAUUCAAAUGUCUCUCCGACCUUAGAACAAAUGCAGAUGGAUGUGAAAUCAUGGCCGUCUUUGCCAAUAUCCGUUCAGUAUCAUAUCUACAAACGAAUGUCGGUCCUUUAUCGCGGCCAAAGCGUGUCAGAUCUUCUAGGCCUGACAGAUUUGCAAUUCAAUGACCUUCUAAUGGCAGUACGGAUCAGAGAUGAUAUGCAGUUCACAGAGAUGCAGCUCUGGAACCAAUACGCUGGGAUGUCUGCAUUUGGCGAUGGUGAUAUGGGUGCGGCAGGCCGUACCCGUGUCGAGGAUUUGGGCAGUGAAAUUCUGUCAGCACUCAGUCCGAGCAGUACAGUCCAUUCUUUCACACACGCCCAAGACGCGCUUCGUUUCCAUGGAACGGGUUCUGUUCAGUCAGCUCUCUGCUCUAGCCAGCUAAAUGCAUCCGUCCGGCUUCCCAUUGAUCCUCAAGUUCUCGCCCAGAACCUCGACCACCUCGCUUUGGCCAGCAGCUAUGAGUUGGCGUACGAAGCAGAACUCAAUCGAGCCGAACAAUUUCUCAAAACUCGCAACAUCUCUACUGCAGUCCUUGGAACAUGGGUUCCAGACGCUGCACCAGGUGAAGAGAGUGAGUGUUUUACCUUCCUGUCCGAACAAGUUGCGGCACGUUUGGGCUGGUUGAACAUACCUCCGACCACAGUGGAAGGUAAAGACUUUAGUUGUGUCCCAUCGUGGAAGAGGGGAUGGCCACCAUGGCAACAGAGACAGCCAACUGAUGACACCUCUCCUGUUGUGGAUUGUCCAUAUAGCAGCAAAGUCUCUUCCCUAUGCGGCUCCCCAUCGCAAUCAGGACGCGGAAAAAGCAGCGCACCCGCAAGUCUGACACGCAGUCCGCCACACUCUUUGACUAUCGCGUCAACCCCGAAGAAUAAACCUCUGCUUCCUUCGCCCGAUUUUUCUCAAUCGAACCUGCCAGAAUCGGUUCCAAAUGUUUCUUCAAUCCCCCAGAUACCCAAAAAUGUCUCGACCCAGGAUGAACAUCAGGAUUCAAAUGGGGGCACUAUUCUAGCCCAACCUGGGAGGCGGGAGACCGAGCGUCUGACACUGGAAAGCGAUGAAGUCGAAUAUAUUGAUACUGUUACUCACCCCAUUUCGCGGAGUUUUGCUCACUUGAGCUUCAUGACACUCAAGUUCCACAAUAUUGCCGACUUCAGAAAAGUUGUCUUCACGUCGAUCCGACCAAAAGUCUCAGAACUUGCGUCCUUGCCAACGACAGGAGAAGUCGAGACUCCCAAAACACCAGGGCGUCAAGUGCUGGAAUCGUCGGGGGGCACGUUCGUCAGCCUUAAGUACACUCCGACUAGGUCGACAGAUAGCACCCGGAAGAUUAGUGGACCAGCACACGACUCUUCCCCCGCGAAGAUAACCCCCUCUACACCUCCACCAAAGGAAUACCCAGGAGAUGCAGGUCAGGUGCAGGGCAAGGGGAAGGGAGAGGGGAAGAGAAAGAUAUCGGAUAUCGAUGAUUCUCCGCGCGAGAUAUCACCGCCUCCACGCCCGACAAAACUACUCAAGAAGUACACUUUCCCUCGCUCCUUUGACAUUUCUCAGUUGACGACUCUGCUUCCUAUGUCGCCACUGGUUCCUAUCUCACUAAGCGGAGCCCGUCAAACAGUCGAAUCUGAAGCCCAAACACAACCUGUUUCGACUGAGGCUACUACGACACUCAGCUGCCGUAGCAGGCCCCUCCCCACUGCGGCGUCCGCAAAAACUCCGUCUCCACCUUUGGACUUUGCUGCAGAACUCUUUACGCCUCUACGACGACCAACUUGGUCUCCAAUCCCGGAGAACAUGGAUGAUGCUGAAAUGCAGGCAUCUCUCGCGCGUGUUGCAGCUCCGAUUCGUUUCAACACUAUGACAGGUGUUGUUGACACAGAAGAGUCGAGAUCUAAGUCGACGAAUCAGAAUGCUUAACCUGCUCAGUAACAAAGGAGCGACCUCGACGCUCUACUCUAGGCUACUUUGUGGGGAUAUGGCCGUUGCUCCAGAACGAUAUCAAUCAAAACACCUGCAAUACUUGGAGUCGAGGCAUGCCGAUGGAGAUGGGCGCUGAAGAUACACGAACCAGAACCGACAAUGUUCUUGGUGUUCAUGGCGGAGCCAGAGUUUUUGCAUUGCCUCUCCUCCGGGUGGCUAGCUGGUAAAGGGCAACAAUUUUAGUAGCUAGCUACCUAGCUAAUUCAAGAGAAUCACCUCUCCAAGAAGGUCGCAGUAAGGAUAGACUUUCCUGUGCUGAUUGUGACUUUGGGAGAAACACAAAGUGGUACUAAUACCCAGACUGUUCUCU